CCGCCGCUGCCGCCGCGUCUCCGCUCCUUCCUCUCCUCCGCCUUCUUCCCCGAGCGCUCGCUGACCCGGCCGAGGCCGCCAUGGCGAACGUGGCCGACACGAAGCUGUACGACAUCCUCGGCGUCCCCCCGGGCGCCAGCGAGAAUGAGCUGAAGAAGGCCUACAGAAAGCUAGCCAAGGAAUACCAUCCUGAUAAGAAUCCAAAUGCUGGAGAUAAAUUUAAAGAAAUAAGCUUUGCAUACGAAGUAUUGUCAAAUCCAGAGAAGCGAGAGUUAUACGACAGAUAUGGAGAACAAGGUCUUCGGGAAGGUAGCGGAGGAGGCGGUGGCAUGGAUGACAUUUUCUCUCAUAUUUUUGGUGGAGGGUUGUUUGGCUUCAUGGGCAAUCAAAGCAGAAGUCGAAAUGGUAGGAGGAGAGGAGAGGACAUGAUGCAUCCACUAAAGGUAUCUUUAGAAGAUCUGUAUAAUGGCAAGACAACCAAACUGCAGCUUAGUAAGAAUGUACUGUGUAGCGCAUGCAGUGGCCAAGGUGGAAAGUCUGGAGCUGUUCAGAAGUGUAGUGCUUGUCGAGGUCGAGGUGUGCGUAUCAUGAUCAGACAACUGGCUCCUGGAAUGGUGCAACAGAUGCAGUCGGUGUGCUCUGAUUGUAAUGGAGAAGGAGAGGUAAUUAAUGAAAAGGACCGCUGUAAAAAAUGUGAAGGGAAGAAGGUGAUUAAAGAAGUCAAGAUUCUUGAAGUUCAUGUAGACAAAGGCAUGAAGCAUGGACAAAGAAUUACAUUUACUGGGGAAGCAGACCAGGCCCCAGGCGUGGAACCGGGAGAUAUUGUUCUUUUGCUACAGGAGAAAGAACAUGAGGUGUUCCAGAGAGAUGGUAAUGAUUUGCACAUGACAUAUAAAAUAGGACUUGUUGAAGCUUUAUGUGGAUUUCAGUUUACAUUCAAGCACCUUGAUGCUCGUCAGAUUGUGGUGAAAUACCCACCUGGCAAAGUAAUUGAACCAGGAUGUGUUCGUGUAGUUCGAGGUGAAGGAAUGCCACAGUAUCGUAACCCCUUUGAAAAAGGUGAUCUUUACAUAAAGUUUGAUGUUCAGUUUCCUGAAAACAACUGGAUCAACCCAGACAAGCUUUCUGAAUUAGAAGAUCUUCUGCCAUCUAGACCAGAAGUUCCUAGUGUAAUUGGUGAAACAGAAGAGGUAGAACUUCAAGAAUUUGAUAGCACUCGAGGCUCUGGAGGUGGUCAGAGACGGGAAGCUUAUAAUGACAGCUCUGAUGAAGAAAGCAGCAGCCAUCAUGGACCUGGUGUGCAGUGUGCCCAUCAGUAAAUUCUGCAGACAUAUUGCACAGGUGGAUUUUUCUUUCCACAUUUGCCGGAUUUGCCAGCUGCUGGAGUGUCUGGUCAGUCCAGAUAAACUGAUGGACAUCUGUUGAUCUAUGUGUAACUUUUAAAAUUGGUAUAGUAUCCGCAGAGUGUAUAAUUUACACUAACCACAAAGCUGUACAUCUUCAUUUCGACCGUUCUGUAGCAGAAUAAAGCACUUGCAAGGAAACAAGACUCCUUUUUACACCUGGGUUGUAAGUUCCAGUCCUGGUGUCUGUGCUUGAUUUUUAUCAGUUUUGUGUAGAUUUCAUGUUUCAUAUUUUAAAUUCAAAUCCCACAUUGUAAAGUUUGUAUUGUUUGUCCUGAAGCUUUGUGUUUGGCUGCACCUGCGUAAGCUGCUACAAAUAGAAUAAAGAAUUUCAUAGCCUGUAUCUAUCAUUUAGAUGCAUGGGAAAUGGGCUUUGCACACAAUGGGUUUGGAGCUGACUGGGAACAAUGGGAAAAACUGCAUUAGCCAUGGUUGUAAGGUUUUUGGCUUUUUUUUUUUUUAACCAUUUUGUGAAAGGUUUCUGAAACUUGAUAAUAAAAAGCAGUUGGUGUAAAUUAUUCUGUGUCACAUUUUUAGAAAGGAGCAUAUUUUGAACUAUAAAAAGUAUCCUUAAACUGAAGAGUGAAGCUUUAGUUCACUAAAACCCAUUGACCUAAAGCUUAUGCCUCAAGUACCUGCCCAUUUUAGUUUUAAAAGACCAAGGUUGGUAGAAAAAGACUUGAGUUAAUUUGAUACUUUGUAGAGUCAAGGACAUCUAAGUUGUAUAAUUUCUAAGUUGACGAUACUGAAUAUAAGGGCUAGCCCAGGCCUUCUCAUAUCUCCUCCCACCAUUCCUUUUGAAAAUAUAUAUAUAAAAAAAAAAACAGUACUAGAACCAUGUCUGCACAGAACCUGUUGAAAUGCUUGUUUUCACUAAAUGUUAUUAAAAUGCUCUGUCUCCCAUUAAGUUCACUAUCUGAAAUUGGGAAAACAUUGAUUUUUAACAUGGAUUUUGCUAUAUAGAAAACAAAAAUGACUAAUGACAAAAAACAGGUUAACUCCUAUAUAAGGAUGCUGUAUCUCUUUCCUGAUGAUUACCUCUUUACUCCUGGAGCAGGUAUUUAUAGAACAUGCUUAUCUGAACGAAGAUACCAGGUGCACCUUUUACAUUUGUAAGGGGACAAAGGGAGAAGGAAAAUGGAAACACUUUAACUGUAUUAUGCCAUCUCUGAGCCUAAUAAUAGUAUGUGUAGUUUAUUUCUAGUUCUGUUAGAACCUGAAUGAAAAAAAGAUGUCUUGACAUUGAGACCUGUGAGGUUUAAAUUAAUUGCCCUAUCCACUCUACCUCCAUUGUACAAAAAUAUUUUGCAACAAGCCUGGGCAAAAUUCAGCAGCAUAGUAGUUUUGUAUUUGAGGUUACUUCCCCACAAGACUUAAGCCUAAGCAAUGCAGUGGCAAUAUAAACUUUGUAGCCUUUCCAAUAAAGGUUUAUAAAACA